AUGACCAAGCCUAUUACCGUCUGGUUGACCCCCCCUGGACCGAAUCCAUGGAAGGUCAUUGUCAUCCUUGUGGAACUGCAAGUUCCGUAUGUGAUCGAAUCGUUCAAGUUCGACGAUCUGAAGAAACCCCCCUUCAUCAAUAUCAACCCCAACGGUCGGGUCCCAGGUCCGUUGCCCCAUGCUUUCUUCUCUUCGAGCCAUUCUGGGGCAAUCAUUCAAUAUCUGGAGGAGGUAUACGAUAAGGAUAAGAAACUCACCUACGACUCGGUGAAUGAGAAGCAUCUUCUCAAUCAGUAUCUACAUUUCCAGAUGAGCGGACAGGGCCCAUAUUUUGGGCAGUGUGGAUGGUUCAACGUCCUACAUCACGAAAAGCUUCCGUCUGCUAUUGAUCGCUACGUCAAAGAGGUCCAUCGUGUGUUAAGCGUUCUUGACACGAUCCCUGAAGGCAACGAAUGGCUUGUUGGGGACAAAUGUACAUUUGCAGACCUAGCAUUUCUCCCUUGGAAUACCCGCCUUCCCAUGGCUCUGCUUACUCCGUCCGGGGAGGAUCCUUUGGCGCCAUACCCGAACGUGCAGGCAUGGCAGAAGCGCAUGGAGAGCAGGCCCUCGUGGCUAAAGGCCAUGGAAAUUCGGUCGAACCUAAUGGAGGAGCAGGGACUGCAACCAAAUGGGAAACCGAAGGGUAUCAAGAGUUUCCAUGAGUACCAGGAGUACAUAGCCAACGUUAUCGAGCAGCAGCAGUGCUAG